AGGGGGCAGCAGCACAUGCCAUUGCAGUGAUCUUUAGCCAAGCAGCAGGUGAUGAAAGGGAAGAAGCCGAGGCUGAAGUGCUCUACCGACAGGGUCUCAGCAUUUUGCGCAGAUGCCUGGGGCCUGGUCACGCAGACACUUUGCACUGCCUGAACAAUCUAGCCCUGUGCAUGGCCGACCAGGGCAAGAUUCAGCAAGCCGAACAGUUGCUGCGUCGCACUGUUGCUGGAAUGGAGAUGGUGCUUGCACCGACGCAUCCGCGACCAAUUCAAGCUCUCAGCAACUUGGCAUGCUGUUUGGCCGAACAGGGCAAGGUGGAAGAGGCCGAAACCAAUCACCGGCGAGCGUUUGAGAACGCCAAGAAAAGAUUGGGUUGGCAGCACCCUGAAACUUCUGCAUGUGCACAAAGCCUGGCGCAAUUUCUGACCUCUUGUGGCCGUUGCACAGAGGCAGCAUUGCUCGAACUCCAAGCGGACCAGCUUGGAAGGCCUUGCUGGAAGCGAGGGCGGACAUGAGAUUGAAGUCUCACUUUGGAUGAGAAGAACUCAUCAGUUGGCGAGUCCAACUCAGGAGAUUCCCUCUCGUGUAUAGGCUGCAUCGGGGGAGCAGCAACCGGUUGAGUCAUGCCGAGAUGCGAUUUCCCUCGGAGGCUCUGUAAAUGACACAGGAGGCCAGGCCAUGCCAAGCCAGGCCUGCACCUGCAACGCCCCCACCCGACAAAGUCGUGGUGCUCUGUAAAUGCACCUCUCCACGACAAAGUCGUAGAGCUUCACAAGGUGAAACAACACAAAAGUCACAAAAGUCACAAAAGUCACAA